UCAGCUGUAAUAUACGAGCACGGCCUAGGUUAGAUUAUCGGUCUUGCUUCGAUAAUCGAAUGAUUUGAAUGCUCGGUGUAGUUGUGUGUUUUGGUAUUUUCUCGUAGCACAACGUUUUUGAAAAUAGGCGACUAAUCGCGCGACGAGGAUGGAGUCGAACGAGAUUGAAAUCUUGAAAUCGGGGACGAGUAUGCGAAGUGACAAGAACGCCGUCAUUGAUUACGACGAAGACAGAUUACACGAGAUGACAGCGUCUUAUUCUGAGAUAUCGUUUGAUUCGCAAUCCUCGCCACCCAUCUCCGAAUUGAGAUCACUCAUUGAUUCUCCAGAUAUUGACAGCGGAAAAUUUCUAGAUGAUAGUUUAGAUAAAAUAGGAGGAGCCGGUCAUAGGCCGGAUCAGUUAAAUCUGAGAAGUAGGGGCGGCAGUCCAACAGAAGACGACGAUCUUGACCCACCGAGUUAUCAUAAAGCUAUAGGUUACCUACAGUUGGAGGGAAGAGUAAUGCAAGAUGGAGAUAUGGUAUUGUUUGUAACGGAAGAUUUGGAGAACAAGAUCAAAUUGUCGAGUCCUGUGACUAAAAAAGGAGACACUCCAUCAUUUCCGGGAUCACGAAGCUCAACCCCAUGCUUGUAUAGACAGGCCUUAACUCCGCAAUUACCACCUCUUGAUCAUAAUGUAUUAAACGAAUUAGAGAUGGAAGCUAGAAAAGUUGCAACCUCCGUGGACGCGUUGACCGAAAAUUUAGCCGCGAUUCUACAAAACGCUUCGGCUCUCACAGUCGGCUGUUUAGAAACAUACAGAGAUGCAGUGUGUAAGACUUGUGACGCUGUGGAUCAUAAUAUAAAGUCAAUGUAUCAAUUAAUGGCUAAGUGUGAAGAACUGUCCAAAUCGAUAGGACCAAUUUAUAAGUUAGCAGAGCAGAUCAAAGAGAUGAAAAGGAUGCUGGAGCUGUUUGAGAGCGCGAUGAAUCUAUAAGCAAUAGGAGGAGAAAGAUGUUACAUAUUUAUCAAGACACUAUUGUGAGCUUUAAGAUUCAUGAUGAAAUGCAAUUGCACUAUGUUAAAUUUACAGUAUGCUGUGAAAAAUAUGUUGAUGUAUCAUACGACAAGCAGGAUUAUAUCUGCUGUACAAGUCUUUUUGGAAAUGUGUGUAUGUGAGAACACACCUGCGUGUUGUGUGCGUGUGC